AAUGUCUAGGAUAGGACUGGAGUCUAGUAGGACAUUGGAUUUGGUAUCUGCAAUGACUACAAACACAGAGAAUCAAAAUCAAACUCUACAUGAAGGGAAUAAAGAAAUGCCGAACGGGGCGCGGACGAGAAGAGACGGCGAGGGGUUCCGCAUCGAGGUGGACCUGCGGCUGGUGUUCGGCGACGCGCGCGCGCGCGUGCUGGCCUGGGUGCGGCCGCGGCGCCGCGCGCGGGCGCUGCUGCGGCGGCUGCGGCGGCUGCGGCUGCCCGGGCCCGUCGCGCUGCUCGUCGCCGGCCGCCUGCUGCCGCUCGACGAGCCGCUCGCGCUCCUCGCCCCCGGGGACACCGUGCAAGGUUCGAUUCCUCGCGGGGUAUCAUUAUUUGUAUUCUUGAGUAUGAUCGUUUGUAUCGAUCUGGGUGUUUUCUAUGUACAAUAUGUAUGUAUUUACGAAAAAAAAUCUAAUCGUUUCAGAGUGGUCCCCUUAUCGAAGGAAUUGCCGAUAGACUAUGAAUAUGAAGAAGAAAGUGAUUUCGAUGACACUGAAUAUACCAGUAGCUGUGUUACCAGUGAGAAUAAACGUAAACGGCAUUGCUAUGAUUCUAAAGGUUCUACAUACCCGCCUGACACCGAUAUAAGAAAUGAUAAACAAUAUUCUGAUAAUGUCUAUAAUGAGAAAUAUUUAAGUAAAAAAAAAUGCAUUCGGAAUGGAAACAAACAUGAGAAUUUUAGCAAUUUAAUUUAUAAUGAAUUUAUAAACAAUGUAUGUAACAGCAGCAAUAAGAGAAAGAGACACCCUAAUGAGGGUAUUCAUCGUGAGUCAGCUGCCACGCGCACGAGAGGUCAACAGCAUAAUAAUGACGACCGUCGCAACUCUACUACCUCGGAGAAAGCGAAUCAUCGCCGGUUCGACGAUCACGCUUCUGAAGAUACCGACCGUACCGAGGGGAACGAGAGCUCAGAGUUAAAUGAUAACGUUAUAAACAACAAAGAAACCGAUAAAUUAUUUAUCGAAGAGCCCACCCACGACGGUCGCGGAGGCGCGGUUCCGUCGUAUGCGAGUGCGGCCACACUGGCCGAGGUGAAGCGGCGCGCGCUGCAACUGCUGGAGCGGUACGAGGACGGACGCCCGCCAGGCCGGGACCACGGCCGGAGACCGGGGCAGCGGUCUGAGGAUGAGCGGCCGGUACAGCGGUCUGAGGAUGAGCGGCCGGUACAGCGGUCUGCGGAUGAGCGGCCGGUACAGCGGUCUGAGGAUGAGCGGCCGGUACAGCGGUCUGAGGAUGAGCGGCCGGUACAGCGGUCUGAGGAUGAGCGGCCGGUACAGCGGUCUGAGGAUGAGCGGCCGGUACAGCGGGCCGGGGAGGAGCGGUCUGAGGGCGGGAGGCCACGCACUCGCCGUCGCCGCGUACGCCGCCGCCGCCAGCAGCCCGUCCCCGGGGACGUCGCCCCCGGGACGCCGCCCCCGGGGGACAGCGCGGACGGCGCCGGGGACGCCGCCCCCGGGGACAGCGCGGACGGCGCCGGGGACGCCGCCCCCGGGGACAGCGCGGACGGCGCCGGGGACGCCGCCCCCGCUCCGGUCAUACGCAACGCCUCUCAGCACACCCGCCCGCCGCGUGUUGUACGAUCGCUUUCGCCGACCUCCCCAUACGACCCUAAAGACAUAUACACAAUAAUAUUCAAUAAUAGUAAUAAUAAUUAAAUUCACAUUUAAGUUGACAAUGUAAAAUAGAUUGUAAUCAUUAAAUC